UUCGAACGCGCUGAAUAAGCAAGCAAGCAAGCACUCUUAAGAUUCAUCAAAAAAUACUACUCUCUUCACCACCAUCUCGUGUAGUGCUACAAGCACCACCUCAUCUAUCCAUCCCUCGCCCACACCAUUUCCUCUUCUUCCUCCGCCUAAGAUAUCUACUUAAUUACUACCCUCUCUUUUUCUUCGAUGGAUACUUUUCUCUUCACGUCGGAAUCUGUAACUGAAGGUCAUCCCGACAAGCUGUGUGACCAAGUAUCUGAUGCGAUCUUGGAUGCGUGCCUGGAACAAGAUCCCGACAGUAUAGUUGAUUGUGAGACAUGUACCAAAGCAAACUUGGUUACUGUCAUAGGCGAAAUCACAACCAAGGCCAAAGUAGACUACGGGAAGAUCAUUCGUGACACUUGCAGAGGAAUCGGAUAUUCGUCCACCGAGCUAGGCUUGGAUGCCGAUCAUUGUGAGGUUCUUGUCAAUAUCGAUCAGCAGAGCCCCGAGCUUGCUGAGAUUGUACAUGGCAACUUUACUAAAAAGCCGGAAGAAAUAGGAGCCGGGGAUCAGGGCCACAUGUUUGGCUACGCAACCGAUGAAACCCCUGAGCUGAUGCCUCUGUCCCAUCUACUUGCUAACAAACUUGCAGCCAAGUUAACGGAAGUGAGAAAAAACGGGACCUGUCCGUGGCUGAGGCCUGAUGGCAAGACUGAAGUGAUUGUUGAGUAUCAAAAGGAGGGAGGAGCUGUGGUGCCAAUCAGGGUGCACACAAUCCUUGUCUCCACGCAGCACGACGAGGCCGUGUCAAACGAGCAGUUGUCAAGAGUGUUAAACAAGCACGUGAUUCAACCCGUCGUUCCGUCCAAGUAUCUUGAUGACAAGACAGUGUUGCAUUUCAAUUCGCUGAGGGGGCCUCACGAGGAUGCAGGGCUGACAGGACGGAAGAUAAUUGUCGACACGUACGGGGGCUGGGGUGCGCAUGGGGGAGGUGCGUUCUCGGGAAAAGACCCGUCGAAGGUGCACGGGAGUGGGGCAUAUAUUGCUAGACAGGCUGCGAAGAGUGUGGUGGCGUCGGGGCUAGCACGACGUUGCAUCGUGCAGGUGUCGUAUGCGAUUGGCAUACCGGAACCACUGUCGGUGUUUGUAGACACGUAUGGAACGGGGAGGAUGGCUGAUAGGGAGAUAUUGCAGCUGAUCAAGAAGAACUUUGAUUUCAGGCCGGGAAUGAUUGCAAUGAAUUUGGACCUGAAGAGAGGUGGCAAUUUUAGGUAUCAGAAGACUGCUGCGUACGGGCAUUUUGGGCGAGAUGACCCGGAUUUUACUUGGGAAGCUAUUAAGAUCCUUAAGGCCAAGUGACAAAUACUUUAAACCCUCAAGUGAUAAAGGGGAAAAACAGAAGACGAAGGGGUAGACUGUACCUUAAAAUGUUUUCGUUGCAGUGACGUUUGAGAUUUGGCAGGAAAAGAUCUGUUUGCUACUUGUAGUAAUUAUGGGCAAUAAUACUACAGUUUGCGGCUUCUAUUUUA